AUGUCUUGCUACGACCUGUGCUCCACCUCUGCCUGCGGCGUCUACCAGCCCCAGCCCAUCGCUGACAGCGGGAAUGAGCCGUGUGUCCGUCAGUGCCCUGACUCCACAACUGUGAUCCAGCCACCCCCAGUUGUCGUCACCUUCCCCGGACCCAUCCUCAGCUCCUUCCCCCAGGGUUCAGUGGUGGGAUCCUCCGGUGCACCCGUCCUUGGGGGCUUCGGGGGUUCCCUGGGCUAUGGGGGCUCCUUGGGCUAUGGGGGGUCCCUGGGCUACGGGGGCCAAGGGGGUCGAUCCUAUGUUUCUGUCUCUUGCAGCCCUUACUCCUACCGGUACAGCAGGUACCGCCGUGGCAGCUGCGGACCCUGCUAA